AUGCCUCAAGGAACUGGAACCCUGACAAGUGACAAAGGACGAGUUCUUGGUCAAUUUGAAGUCGAAGGCGCUCAGUAUAUUUUCGUGGGCAAUCUGACUAGCUUUGGGCAGUCUUUCUCCGUUCCCGAUGCCGAUGUUACCUAUGAUUCAGCCGACCAGUUACGCAAAGAAGCUGAAGAAUUCGAAGAGUUGCCCAUAGAAAAGGACCAGAUUGAAAUCAAACUCAAGAAUGGGGUUGCGAUAACGGGCGGGUUUGAUAUGCCAUUCAGCGAUGGCGAGGUGAAGAAAGGGACUAUUGUGGGUGGUGGAGGGAAAUGGUUGAAGUUGUGA